AUGGCUUCUCCAUCCCCCCGCUUCUCCCCUGAGGAGGUCACAGUCCUCUUCUUCCUCGGCGGCCCAGGCAGCGGCAAGGGCACCCAAUCCGCCAACCUAGUCAAAGACUACGGCUUCGUCCACCUCUCCGCCGGCGACCUCCUGCGCGCCGAACAACUCCGCGAGGGCAGCCAAUACGGCCAAAUGAUCAAAACCUACAUCACCGAGGGCAAAAUCGUGCCCAUGGAAGUCACCGUCAACCUCCUUUCCAACGCGAUGCGCGACUCCCUUGACGCCAACCCCCGGCCCCCGCUGGAUCAGGCUGUUUUCUUUGAGGAGACCGUUUGUCCGUCCGAGUUGGUGCUGUUCUUGGAUUGUCCCGAGGAUGUGAUGGAGGCUCGGUUGUUGAAGCGUGGGGAGACGAGUGGACGGGAUGAUGACAAUGCGGAGUCUAUUCGCAAGCGGUUUAGGACUUUUGUGGAGACUUCUAUGCCUGUCGUUGAUGAUUUCGAGGCUAAGGGGAAGGUUGUUAAGGUUCAGGCUACUGGGUCUGUGGAGGAUGUUUAUGCUGAAGUGAAGAAGGGGAUUGAGGAGCGUGGUGUGCAUGCUCGUUAA